GGUUAAUCAAUUUUUUGUCUAUCAACAUUAGGAAAGGAAUAAUAGCCUUGCUUUUUUGUCAUAAGACUGUAACAAAUAAAGUAUAAACCAUUCGUUUUAUCAUUUAUGGUUAUCGGAAUCGCCUGUUAUUAAUUUGUUUAGCUACACCAGGAGACAUGUACUGGUUUGUGCAGGCUUUCGUAUUUGGCGAAAUGAACAUAGGCGUUCAAAUGGCUCAUCACACGGUUUUCAUCGUUGCAGUGCUGCUUUGUUGUGUCUGUUUGACAGUUUCAUCAAAUGGGAAAGUAUCCGUCAUUGAUCUACCUUACGUUUCCGGAGAAUGGUAUUGGAAACUGCGUUUCUUUUAUCCAGUCAGUAAAAGCGUGGAUGGAAAUGUUGGUGAACUACAGAACUAUACGUUUAUUCCGAAGACAACCUCAUCUAAUGUACAUACAAAUGAAACUAUAAAAUCAGAUAACCAACUAAUUAGUAUUAAUUUGGUUAUGUCCACAGAAGGUUCCAAACUACAGAAAUGUGUUUUGUUGUUAACAGUAGAACAGGAUGAGGAAUACUUUGCAUGGACAAAUAUGACAUUAAUAUAUCAGUUCGCUGAGCCUUUAUCCACUUUAUCACAAUCUGAAUUACCUACUUCUGAAGCCAAAAUUUCCACUUCGCCUGAUCAAAAAUUUUUAACUCGUACUGAUGAAGUGUAUGUGUGUGAUACAGAAAUACCAAUUAAAUUUGGUCACAAUGUUGAGAUUAUCUUUAAUUCAAUGACAUUUCAAGCAUUUAAAGCUGAAGAAACAAUUAGACCAGAUCGUUUACGAGAAGUUUGUCCACGUGACUUCAAGAGUAACAUACCAAUUACAGCGUUGACUGGCGUUUCAUUGCUUGUUGUGGUAGUACUUAUUGUUUCAGUAUUUGGAAUAAAUGCUUAUUUGGCUCAUCGUAAACGGAAGCAGCACUAAACGAAUUUGUUUUAUUUAUUGUACAUGAGUAACUCAUCUAAGUAAAUAUAAGCUUAUUGUAUCGUCUACAGAAUCUUCAUAAGAUUCACUGCUUUUCAAAUAUCGAACUUUUAUGCACGUUGUUAACACUUAUUCUGUCGAGCAUCACUAUUGUUAAUAAAUUUAUUGUAUGCAAUGCUCUUUAUUUGUGAUUAGCAGUUUUAGUUCUUAAUUUUUAAAAAAAAUUUAAUUAUAUAUUCAUUAUUUGUUAAUUUUUCAUGCCUUGGUGCAUGUACAUGAUCUUCAAUGUUUAUUGUACACUAAUUUGUUGUAACAGAAGUGAAAUACCUUUAGUGUUCCCUUAUUUUUACUCUCUCUCUCCAUAUAUAUAUAUAUAUAAUUUAAAAAUAAAAGAUAUGAGAUGAAGUAAAUGAAUGACUAUAGAGAAUAAAAUGUUUUUAUGGAUUAAUGCUUUUUAUUUUUUUUAUAUUUUGUUCAACUACGAAAAAUCAAACUUCUGUCAUGUUUCAUAUUUAUAUCCAUGUGAAUUAUUAUUGUUAAAGUUGUUAGUAUCUAUGUGAUUGUAAAGUUGUAAUAAACUUGUUAAAUUAAUUAUAUUACAGUAAUAUUAUUUAUGAAAAUAAUAAUUCAAUAAAUAUUCGAUUUUUUAAAAAAAAAGUUGUAUAGUCUACUAAAUGUUCAGUGGUUGUGCUUCGAAUUGCUAUCAAAGAGCAUUGUAUUACACUGGCCAAUAUAAACUAACAUUUAUAGACCUUUAAACGAAUGCACAUAAAUAUUAUUGUUUUUUUUUAUAAUUUUGUUAGUUUUAGUAUUCUUUUUUGUUAUUUUUGCUUAUCAAUGAUUACAGAAUGAUAAUUCAUCGUUAUCAACUUCCUUUCUUCUAACAUAGUGUCUGUUCGAGCCUAAUACUGCAUAGAUGGCUUAUGGGCUAAAAUAGUUCAGUUUUACCCAAUAAUUCUCAAGUUCGAACCCUACUCCAUCUUUUUUAACUUAAACAAGCGAGUAAUGUCACAGGUGGUCAUAAAAGUGGUAUGGUUCAAAAGGGAUUACAUAUUCUCGGUAGAAAAAUCACUUUUCAGUGCAUUAUUCUCAUGGAGUGUAGGACUUUUGAGGCUAUCUAUUUUCAUUUCACUUGAAUAUAUUGCAACACGCGGACUAUCAUUUAACGAAAAAGACUCUUACUCUGUUGAGUAUUAAGAAAUAAAAAAUAUUUUCUUGGAAAAUAUCGCCAACUAAUUAUCGGUGUCAUUAUGGGCUACAAUGUUUGUCCACCAUUGAGAAUAAUAAUUCGAUAUUUGGUUUAUUCUAUGUAUUGGUAGAAAUACGAAAUCUUAUAUUUGAUUAAUGUGAAAUUUCGGAUAGUUUCAUUUCAUAUAACAAAUUUCCAUGAAGAUAUCAAUGAACAUAACUAAAACAAUUGGUGUUUCAUUGUCAUCUAGACGAGAAUAAUUUGCAAAGGGAAUCUAGUCAAAUUUAUAUAUUUUACAAAUCUUUGAUCAAGUUACUGGUUAUAUGAUAUAUGUGUGAUUAACAGAAGAAUCUGACAGAUUAUAAUGCUCUGUCUACAUAUGUGUCAGUGAUAGACUUAUGAAAUUGGAUCCAAAUUUGAAUGCAAAUGUUUUGUUCGACUGUUAUUUUCAGCACGCAAAAAAAAUUCAAAGUUUAAAAGUUUUAGUUUUACCAUAUUAUUAUAAACUGAG